AUGCUCGACCCAGGCCCUAGCACGCCUACUAAGCAGCAGGGUGUUGAGCAUGACAAACAAGAACUGCCGUCAUGUCUUAAGAGCAGCGAAAAACGCAGAUCGUCACCUUACAACCAUAAGCAUAGCACAUCUCAAGUGAGAUUCUCACUACCCUUAGAAGAUGACUCUCAAUCUUUACUGGAUGAAGAUGAAGAGCCCGUGCGGGUGUCUCCCACUAAGGUCGUUUUCCCGAAGGGAUCGGAGGAGGAUAUGACAACUCACUUUGUUGAUCUUCACAACAAGAUAAUGGUUGACGUUCCGGAAGAGAUUUGGCGUUUCCACAAUGAACGCAAUGCACAACAGCUACAAAAGAUGUCGGUGAAAGGACAGAAGGGGCACGGCCGCGCCCAGUCCCUGCAGUCAAUAAUUGCCGGCACCAUCCAAAGCUACCAAAGCCCUGCCGCUGAAAAUACGCAUUCUCGGUCUUUGAGUUGCACUUCAUCACGCCUCAAACCAAGCGAAUUGUACCUCAGAUCGGACUCUCCCCUCAACAAAUACAAGGUCCCCGUGCCAUUGGAGGUUACGCUACCGCCUUACCUUUCGCCAGACAAGAAGACAAAGCGGCGCGAGAGUAUGAUCUAUGACGGAGAAGGCUAUAGUCUUUUUUUCGAAGACAGCGACGUCCAGGAAGAAAGAGACCCUUUCGACCCCAACUCUUCGGCGGACAGGUCUGAAAGCGAGGGAAGCGACAUAUCUAUUCCAUCGGCAUCCCAUGACUACUCUUUUGAAGUCGGCCAGGAUAUUGACAAGAUAUUGGGCAUCGAUGAGGAUGCUAAUGUGAACCUCAAGAAUCAAGUUCGCAACUUAUUGAACAAGUCCCCAUCAAAGAAGGCUUUCUUAUCGCUGGAACAGCCCCAGCUACCUAAGCUACCGCGUUCUCAACCCAAAGUUGAACCUUUCCAAGAGGAAAAGCCUGUUAAACUUAAAUUACCGCCUUCUCAGCUCAAAACAAAGCCAACUCAAGAAGAAAAGCCCGUCGAGAUAACGAAAAGUUACGCUCUCAAAAUUCUUUCCAGCCCCUCUAAAACAAUCACAUUACCUGAUUUCAACGAACCGGUUUCAUCAUCUAACAGGAAUUCGCUGGCUGAAUUCUUCGCUAGAGUCGAUUGCGAAGACAACACACAUCCCGUUACUGUCGAACAUGAAGGAAAGGAUGAAAUAAAUGAGUUCUUCAAGUUCCCAGCCAUUCAACAGGAAGACAAGACUACUGAAACGCAACCAAUUGACGAGAAUUUGCAAGUAAAUGAAGGAGAACUUGACAAUUCCUUUGAAAGGCGCAGAAAAAUGCUACAAAACAGGGCAUCAACAGAUGAUUUCCGGACGCGACACUCUCACGCGAGAAGCCGCAGUUUUCACAACUCGCAAGAAAUGUUCAAUGCGAAAUUGACUUCGUCCGGUAUUUUAUCGAGCAACCUGGAAGCGCCCGAACGGUCGCCCAAAAGGUCAUCAAUUAAAUCGGUUACAUUCAAGGAAGGCCUCCCUGGAGCUGAUGUCGAAGCUAAUGCUAAGUCUACGCCGACAAAGAGUAGCACACUACAAGCAAAUAGGAAUUGUGAGCUUGAUAAAGGCCCUGUUUCAGAAGAAGAAGAAGAAGAAGAAGAAGAAUCAUUUAGUUUUACACUCAGUGAACAUGAGCAGAAGGAUAGUGCUGAAUCCGGGAUUAUUGCAAGGCCAGCGGAGUUACUAGAAACGGCGCAUAAAAAUAGCCAACCCGCUCAGGAUACCGAUGAGCUAUCACAUAAAUCCGGGUUGUCAUAUCACAAUUCAAGCUCCUCUUUAGCGAUGGACUUUUUCAGCGAUGUCAUAUCGGACGCUGAUUCUUCAGAUUUUAUCCAUUCAACUGGUACGAGCUCUGUCAAAAACUUGUCAUCAAGCAAAAGUGAUAGCAGUAUUAGUUUAAUUGGUGCUAAUGCGAAACCAGGGGAUAAUAUUACACCGUUGUCGACAUACAACUCUUUCAAAACACCUUUGGACUCGCCGCAAACGGCCAAUGAUCCAAGUCUUAUUGAGUGCAGGUUAACCCAUGACAACAGGCUUUCUCCAUCACGCCAGCUUUCCAAUGAUAGAAGCCAGUCGUCUGAAUGCUCAGCGGAUACAAUGCCAUCACAACCGUCAAGCGCAACAACGUAUUCUCAUAAUGAUUGGAAACAGUCGAUGGAGGUGUUUAGCUAUAUCAACAAAAAGAGCGGAAACAACUUUGUGAGUGGUCGCCGUGCAAAGAGGGGAAAUAACCCCGCUCUUGUUGCAGGUGAAAUACAGCCCUCUUAUUCGGGCUAUAGAGUAACCAAAGAAGAAAUCGGCGGUCGUUUGGUGGACAUAAUCUUACUUGAUGAACCUGGAAACAAUGAUUGCGCACCAAAGCGAAGGCCAAGAUCUUACCACGAGGAUGCCUUACAACAUUACGAUCAAGUACUUGCGCUUUGUGACAUGACCGCAGAUAGAGCAAAGAGCGUUAUAAUGAACCUCGUUGAAGACCCAUCACAUACAAAUCAAGUGUCCGAACCAUUAUCACGACCAGUGCCCCCGCCUUCGUACUUGAAGUCGCACGAAAAGCCUAUAAAGGAGAACCGCAGCCCUAAAGGACUUGCUCACACUAGCUUGAACAAUAACAUGCCCUCAAGACCACAAAAAUACAUUUCAAACCUCGAGAAAUUAAGAAGGGCUAGUAAAGAGCGCAGCAACUCUCCUGAUCGCAGGCUUCGAGAAAAUUGUUAG